AUGUCGACCGAAGGGCAUCAGGAAAAUCCGUUCAUUGAGGCGCUCAACUCCGAGGCCCUCCGAGAACUGCUGCUGGACGACGAGAAGCGCACGCUGGCCGAGCAGUUCCAGCAAAACCUGCGCACACUCUCGGACAUGUUCGUCAACCUGUCGGACGACGAGAAGCGCCAGUUCGCGAAGGACUUUAAGGGCAAGUUUGUGAAAUCGCUCGCCCAUUUGAAUGAAUUUUCCAAACAAAAAAAGAUCGUUCAGAGCGCUGCGUCCGGCAGCAGGGAGGAGGAAGAGACGGCUGGAUCGUCCCUCGCUGGAAUGUUGCCCGGUGUCGGAAUUUUUCUAGACGAUCAACUUUCGCCUACUCCGAUCGGAUACGGGUUGUUGGUGGGCCUACUGGUGUUGGUGAUUGCAUUCUUCGGCUACAAGCUGUACCUGUCGCUGACGGAGAAGGAGCGCAAGCGCGAGGAGAAGCUAAAGGCCAAGCAGGAGAAGAGCAAGAAGAAGAAAUGAUUGCCAGCGUCGGGCGGCAGUAUCCCCCCUCGUCCGGCCGGUGGUGGCAGUGCCGAUCGCGGCGGAGUACCAGUGUCCUCCGGUGAAGGGUCCGACGGAAACGGCACCGCGCGCCGCCAACAUCAUCAUCUGAAGCAGAGACCGGUACAGCACAAACAUUCCAGAGGAAAAAGACUUGGCAAAUCCGCCUAGCCCAAACAGACUACUAAUUACGCACCCCGCGGAUCGAAAACGGACACGACAGAGACAGAGCAAGCAAGCAUUAUAUAGUAGAUUUUAGAGAACAAACAUGUGUCGUGCGAUCGUUAAGCCUGGCGACGAUGUCCUGCGCAGACGUUUGUGAACCACCGCCUGGAAGGGAAACCACGUUGGGGUCGUUCGUAUCGCGGGAGACCGUUCCGUUCUUUCUUGCAGCUAAGCUAUUGAAUGGUCUCAUUCAUUUAACCGACUAUCGGAUCUAAGUGUUUCCCCCGACAGCAUGCACACGAUGCGCCGACUUCUUCGCCAAAACCCUUUUACCUAGUAAACACAUAAUAUUGUCGAUUACACUCAACGAGCAGGUGGGAGAAAAGUAGAAGAAAAGCAAGGAUAAUGAGACAUUCCACCACCCCACAAAUACACAUCCGUAGGGACACGAGAGGUUUAAAGUUAUAAACUGCAAUCAAGAGGUUUAUUUUCCACGUUUCUGUGCAAGCAUAUAUUUUAGAGAAGAAUUGAAUGAAAUAUGAAUACCUAUUGAUAGUGGAAAAGAAAUAUAAAUACUGUUUUAAAC